AGUAAAAGAUUAGGAAGCCCCCACCACCAGCACUAUAUAAGAGACGUCCAAUAUUAUUUGGUUCAAAAUAUUAAUUACUUGAUAAGUACGUUUUUGAGCAAAAAUGGGUUCUCUAACAGCAGGAUGGGACUCGCCCGUUCUUGAUCCAAAGGCAGCGGCAUUCAAGAGAAAUUCUUCACUGACGAAAGGAGAGAUUGACGCUUACUGGAGAGCAAACAAGAAAGAAGAUGAGGAAGAACACUCUGAAGAAACUUCAAAGGAAAGAACAUCUGGAGACUCUCAGGAAAAGUUUGAGAGGUCGAAAUCCGCACCUUUACGCAAUAUAAAGGAGGAUUUCACGGACAUGGAAACCGAAGCAAAACCGGAGAAAAUCAAGAAGAAAACUGGAUGGUGGACUAGGAGCAACUGGGCGUUUCUGAACGAGACACCUCAUGAAGAAGGUGCUUCCAACACUUACACCUCGCAGUUCCACGUGGCUAGCUUGGCCCCAUCGAAAUCAAGAGGCAUUGAUGGAGUUCUUACCUAAUAUUUCCCAAAAGUUCAAAAUUCAGAAUAUAUAUUGUCCUUAUGUGAUAUGUUGUUCGACCAUAAUUAAAGCUUUGAUUAAUGUUUGUGUAUAUAUAUAUAUAGCUGUUUAAUUAAUUUCGUUUUACAGUCUUGUAUAGGAAGAGACGAUUGUAAAUCUAUUUUCUUAGGAAUGGUUAUGCCUUUGUACUGUUGGGAUUACAA